AACAAGGACAACAACAACAACUCUCACCAGAUGAUUACAUCUCUCCACACAGCGACAUCCAUCCCGAAAAACACAAACAGCGCACGCAACUAACACAACCAUGUCUGAACAGGCGCAAUCUACCAACUUCAAGGAGGCCUUCUCCCUCUUCGACAAGCGCGGCACUGGACGUGUUCAGAUCGACUCUUUGGGCGAUCUCCUCCGCGCCUGUGGUCAGAACCCAACAUUGGCCGAGAUCAAGGACCUCGAGCAUCAAGUCGGUGGAGACUUCGACUUCGACUCCUUCACACGCGUCCUCAACCGCCCCGGCGGCUUCCGCGAUCCUGGCGAGCCCGAAGAGUAUUGCAGAGGUUUCCAGGUCUUCGACAAGGACUUGACGGGCUUCAUUGGUGUUGGACAGUUCCGAUACAUCCUCACAAACCUCGGAGAGAAGAUGAGUGAUGACGAAGUGGAUGAACUAUUGAAGGCCGUGGAUACGAGUAGUGGGGAGUUGAACUACGUUGAUAUGGUGAAGAUGAUAUUGCAGAAUUGAGGGGGCAAAGCAGAGCCAGAAACGUGAAAGUGGAGGGUUGGGAGACGACACGAGAGACGUCCAUCUUGUGACUUGGCUCGGCAGAGGAAGACACAGAUCGACUGCGAUGCAUUACGAGCGAGGCUGAAAGGCGUUUAAGUGGAAUAAUGGGGUUUGGGCAACCGGGGCAUUCUGACGCGCGAGGAUAAUGGGUUCCGACAUGUAAAGAUGCGCACAUGAGAGGACUGCUCUGUGCUCUGGUAGCAAUUUGUGCAAAGCCCUUCGAUACAUGUCUAAAGUACACCAAGAGAACUCUUCUCGGCUUUCAAUCUAUUCUACCUAUGCUGCCUUG